UAUAUAUAUAUAUAUACGUGCACAAUUGACCUUGUAUUCUAACCUAUCCAAAAGUAUUUGCGAAAAAACAACCAAAAUUCAUCGAAGAGAAUAUCUUUUUAAUUUGAUCAUUACAAUUAAAUAUACUACUUACUUCUUAUAACAUUUGUGAUAACAGUAGUAGUGAUAGUAGUAGAAGUCGUAUUACUAGUCGUAGUCUUAGUUGUUGUUGUUGUUGUUGUUGUCAUAGUAGUAAUGGUAUUCAAAGUGUAUUAUCUCUGGUGAUCAAUGUUUCAAUGGAUUAUUAGACAAUUUUAUUCAACAGAAACGAUUGUAAAUUGAUUUAAAGAAAUUAAAAACCAAAAAAAACGAAGAAAACAAAAACAAGAAGAAAAGAGAACAAAAACAAGAAAAAAAAGAAAGAAAACAAAGAAGAAAGUGAUUAUUUUUGGGAAAGUAUUAUAUCAUACUUUAUAUGUAUUAAACUAUAUUCUUAAAUAUAAAACAAAUGGGUGGUAUUCAUUCAAAUAAACGAAUUAAUAAAACAGAAUUAAAAAAACUUUCAGCGAAAACACAUUUUACCGAAGGACAAAUUAAAAAAUGGUAUAAAGGAUUCAUUAAAGAUUGUCCUUCAGGUCUAUUGAAUCGUUCAACAUUUCUUAGUAUGUAUACACAAUUUUUUCCAGAUGGUAAAGCUAGAUUAUUCUAUGAACAUUUAUUUCGUACAUUUGAUCAAGAUGCUAGUGGAAGUAUUGAUUUCAAUGAAUUUUUAACAGCUAUUAGUAUUACUCAAUCAGGUAGUCCAGAGGAGAAACUUGAAUUGGCUUUUCAAUUAUAUGAUAUUGAUAGAAAUGGAACAAUUGAAGAAUAUGAAAUGACACAAAUUAUUAAAGCUAUUCACUUAAUGGUUGGUGAUAUUGACGAAGAGAAUAGUAAAACACCAGCAGAACGAACAAGAACAAUUUUCACCAAAAUGGAUAUUAAUUCAGAUAGUGUAUUGACAAAAGAAGAAUUUAUUCAGGGAUGUUUGAGUGAUGAACAUUUAUAUCGAUUACUUGCUCAGAAUGAUGGUCAAAAACAGUAGAUUUAAUAUAUUAUACAUGGAAUUUAAGUAAUGACAUAUAUACUUACUACUAAUAAUACUUUUGAGUAAUAUAUAUCAUUCUACAAAAUAUUACACGAGUUGUCUAUUUAAAUUGAAUAAUUUUUCUUGUUAAAAUACAUCUUAUUGGAAAUAAUAAACCAUAACAAGUAUUUAAAUGGUUCUCUCUUUAGGAAUAAAGCCGUUGAACAAGUAAACAAGUCUUAAACAAUACGAAUUAUAAAUAGUAGAGUAAUAUAUACAUAACUAUUGAAUCAGUCAUACGUACGUGCAUCAGUUCGAGUUGCCACACCACAUUAGCACAGAGAUGCAGUUGUCGAUUCAAAUACCGUAGUGGUAGAGGUAAUAAGAGUAUAAGCAGUAAUCGGAAAGAUUAGGUUUUGGAGACGUCAUUCAAGGAGUAUAAUUUGGUGAAAUAAAUUUGGAAAGAGAAAAUAAAAAAAGAGACAAGGAGGAAUAAGAAGAUCAAAAUUCGGGAGGACACAAAGAGUGGAUGCACCUGCGCCAUUCCAAACGAUUUUGAG